AAUCACGUCCCCGUCGAUCGUUCCGCGAAGCUCGAACGGAGAGGCGCUGUGUGUGUCCCGAACACGGGGAACGGGGAACGGGGGGGGCUUAACCGGGUUAAGAGACGAAUCAAAUGUCCAAUCGAUCGUUCACCGAAGAGGACUAUUGGAAGUGGCCCCGCGGUUGAUUCUUUGCGGGGGAUCUGGACGCGGCAUGGGGGGCAGGCUCAUGGAAACAGUGGCUCCUUUGAGCGGGACACACACACGGGGCGGGAUCGGCAGUCACAGUGGCUCCAUUCACCGGCGGGCAUCGACACGCAGGAGGAGGAGAGCGCGGCCCUGGCUUCGCUCCCUAGUUUCGUGCUCGGUCGCGUUUGCAGCUCCGCGGCACCGGUUUUCGGGGAUUCAGUGGAGUGGCGCUUGCUGUUGGUUCUCGGUGCUCGUUUGUUGUACCAGUUUUCCGUAGCACCUGGGCUGAGGAGCGAGCCGAGCGGCGCUGCCGUGUGACGGUGACAGUGACAGUGUGGCUGUGCGCUCGGCUCGCAGCGCCCGCAGCUCCGCUUCACAACAGGUGAGGAGUCGGCGGCGGUAUGUAGCAGAGCGCGGAGCAGUGCUGUCUGUCUCUCGGUGCUGAGCGGGUCCUAGGAGAGAUGAUGUGGGCGCUGUGUGCACUGUUCUGCCUUGGCCUGGUGGGGGCGCUGCAGCAGGAGCAAGUAGCCCAGCACGCCAUUAAACUUCACCGUGGGAAGGGAGCAGCGGUAACCCAGGGCCGGCGCUGGCUGGCGGAACACUGCCGGCGAUUAGCGGGCCUGCUGAGGCAGAAGAGCGCAGCGGUGAAGAAGCUGGGCUCCGCCAUAGCCGCUGUAGAGCGCGACGGCACCCUCUCGGACCCGGAGAAGCUCUUCCAGGUGCACACCCUGGAGAUCUUCCAGAAGGAGCUGAACGAGAGCGAGAAGUCGGUGUUCCAGGCGGUGCUCGGCCUCCAGCGUGCCCUGCAGGGUGAUUACCGGGAUGUGGUCAACAUGAAGGAGAGCAGCCGGCAGAGACUCGAGGCCCUGAGAGAGGCUGCCAUAAAAGAGGAGCAAGAGUAUGUGGAGCUGAUCGCUGCGGAGAAGCACCAACAGGAGGCGAUGAAAAGCGUCCAAGGCCAAAAUAAGACGCUGUCGAUGCUCGAUGAGAUCCUGGACGAUGUGCGACGAGCUGCUGACCGCUUGGAAGAGGAGAUUGAGGAUCACGCCUUUGACUACAACAAACAAAUGAAGGGGGUUAAUGUGGAGGCAGUGCUAAGAGUGGAGGAGGAUGAGGAAGAUUCUCAGAGGAAUGUGUCCAGGCGGGAAGUGGAGGAUAACUUGGGACUCAGCAUGCUCAUCGACUCGCAGAACAACCAGUAUGUCUUGACCAAGCCUCGUGACUCCACCAUGCCCCGUGCCGACCACCACUUCAUCAAGGACUUGGUGUCGGUAGUCAUAUUUUCCCUGCCUUGCGGGUGGCUCUGUGCACAGAUUGGUCUCCCCACCAUGUUUGGUUACAUUAUUUGUGGUGUUCUACUUGGGCCUUCAGGACUAAACAGCAUCAAGUCUAUAGUGCAGGUGGAGACACUCGGAGAGUUUGGGGUUUUCUUUACCCUCUUUGUGGUCGGUCUGGAGUUUUCCCCAGACCGCCUGCGCAAGGUGUGGAAGAUUUCGGUGCAGGGACCCUGCUACAUUAUGCUCUUGAUGGUGGGGGUUGGGCUCCUGUGGGGGCAGAUGUUGCGAAUCCGAGCCACUCAGACCAUCUUCAUCUCAACCUGCCUGUCUCUUUCCAGCACCCCUCUAGUGUCCCGCUUUCUUGCUGGAGGGCCACGGACGGACAAGGAAGGUGAGCUGGAAUACAGCAGCGUCCUACUGGGAAUGCUGGUGAUGCAGGAUGUUCAGCUAGGCUUGUUCAUCGCUGUCCUGCCCACCCUAAUCCAGGCUGGCGAGGAAGGACCGGGCAGUGUGUUCAUGGGAGGCCUACGUGUUCUGAUGCUGCUGGGUCAGGUUUUGUCCUCCCUGGUAGCAGUGCUUCUGCUGUGCGCUGCGGUAAAGGCCUACCUGAUUGGCCCGUUCUACAAGAAGCUGCAUGCAGAAUGCAAGGGCUCAAAGGAGAUCCUUGUGCUGGGGACCACAGCUUUCGUUUUUCUUAUGCUUACGGUGACUGAGUUCCUGGACAUUUCAAUGGAACUGGGAUGUUUCCUGGCUGGAGCACUUCUGUCAUCUCAGGGUCACAUUGUCACUGCUGAAGUUUUGAGCUGCAUCGAACCAAUUAGAGACUUCCUUGCCAUCAUAUUCUUUGCCUCCAUUGGUCUUCAUGUUUUCCCUACAUUUGUGCUGUAUGAACUGACCAUCCUGAUGGUGCUAACCUUUUCUCUAGUCAUCAUGAAGUUUCUGAUAGCCAUGCUGGUGUUAUCGGUCAUUCUCCCACAUGAGAUCAGACACAUGCGGUGGAUCGUUUCAGCAGGCCUGGCACAGGUUAGCGAGUUCUCCUUUGUCCUUGGCAGUCGAGCCCGCAGGGCAGGCAUCAUCUCCCGAGAGGUGUAUCUACUCAUCCUUAGCGUCACAACACUCAGCCUACUGCUUGCUCCUGUGCUAUGGAGAGCGGCUAUCCUCAAAUGUGUCCCUCGAGUUGAACGCAAGACAGUCACUUGAUGUGACUAGUAUGUCAGGAUCCAGGGGAAAUGCUACAAGGAAUGGUGUCGCACCACGGGAAGGAUUAUUUAAUUUGUUUACAUAUUUAAAUUUUCAUAGUGAUACAUUGUCCCUGGUGGGUUGUCACUGAAUUUUGUGUAUGAGGAAAACUCUGGAAAUAUCCGAACACUGAGUAAAUAAUUAUUUGCCAUAUGUGAAGGUGGAUCCCUAUGAUAGUGUGAGGGAGAGUGUCUCACUCACAUAUGCACAUACUGUAUACCUUACACACUACAGUAUUUGCUAACUACAACAUUUUUUGCUGCACUGGUAUUAGAAAUGGUUUGAAUGUUUAAUUUUUUUUAGUGAAAUGGUUGUUAUAUAAAUUACAAUAUAAAAAUAGCACAAUGGUAACGUUUUUUUAAGGAAAAAGGUUUCCAUAUUACUUAAAAUACUAAAUGAAGAUGCUUCCGAAUGUGCCUUAAAAUCACACAUGCACUUUCACUUUGGAUGAGUAUUCAUUCUCUAAAAUAAGGUGUCCAAAAGAGUCCAUCUUGUACCCAUUUUACAGAAGACAGAAAACGCAUAUUAAUGCAUUCCAAAAGAUAAUUCCAUUCCAGACACAACCAAAGAUUUACAGCCCAGUGCUUGGGAUUAUCUGGACAAUCACGAGUAAUUGCUUUUAAACCCACCGAUGACUGUUUAUGGGGUAUAAUAUAUGUGUCUUAACCAGAUUUUUUCAUCAUGUAUGUGUACAGAAAUGCAUUUUUUUUCUCCAUUGUUUUAAUUUGGUGUGCUCAUGGCUGAAAAUAGAAUCACCAUUUUCUGAUUUUAAAUAACUGUUAACAUUCACAUCUCAAAGUAAUUUAUAGGUAUCUUUUAACUUUUUCCCAGUUGCAAUGGUUUGGGGGAAAAUAUGUUUGUGAAUUUGUGUUUUUAUGCCUCCAUGUCACAGGAUUAUGAGACAUAGAAUUUGAUUAUGUUAUAUGGUGAAUACUUUAUCAGCACAAAUAGUAGAAAUAUACAGUGAUUAAAAACAAAAAUUACAAUGUAGGUACAUUCAGUGCUAAACUAUGUAAGGGCCUUUGUACUUAGCAGACACUACUGAAGUGUUUUAUAACAAUGUCCUUUUGUACUUUGUGUUGUUUUGUUUUCAUAAAACAUGUAUGCUAUCUUAAAUUGCUAAGGUUGUUUUGUUUUAGGGUAAGCCAUCAUGU